UGCCCUGCAGAGGACGUGCGUUCCGCACUCGGCAGUCUCUAGAGGGAGCGAGGGGAAGCGGCUGGAGGAUCAGGGAGAAGGAGCAUUCGCCGGAGGCUGGAGGAGGCUGACCCGCGUCCCCGCCCAGCCCGCUCCUAUGCGGUACUUGGAGGAUGGCGAAGAGGUCGCGCAGUGAGGAUGAGGAUGAUGACCUUCAGUAUGCUGAUCAUGAUUAUGAAGUACCACAACAAAAAGGACUGAAGAAGCUCUGGAACAGAGUAAAAUGGACAAGGGACGAGGACGAUAAAUUAAAGAAGUUGGUUGAACAACAUGGAACUGAUGAUUGGACUCUAAUUGCUAGUCAUCUUCAAAAUCGCUCUGAUUUUCAGUGCCAGCAUCGAUGGCAGAAAGUUUUAAAUCCUGAAUUGAUAAAGGGUCCUUGGACUAAAGAAGAAGAUCAGAGGGUUAUUGAAUUAGUUCAGAAAUAUGGACCAAAACGAUGGUCUUUAAUUGCAAAACAUUUAAAAGGAAGAAUAGGCAAGCAGUGUAGAGAAAGAUGGCAUAAUCAUCUGAAUCCUGAGGUAAAGAAAUCUUCCUGGACAGAAGAGGAGGACAGGAUCAUCUAUGAAGCACAUAAGCGAUUGGGAAAUCGUUGGGCAGAAAUUGCCAAACUACUUCCAGGAAGGACUGAUAAUUCUAUCAAAAAUCAUUGGAAUUCUACUAUGCGAAGAAAAGUGGAACAGGAGGGCUAUUUACAAGAUGGAAUAAAAUCAGAACGAUCUUCAUCUAAACUUCAACACAAACCUUGUGCAGCUAUGGAUCAUAUGCAAACCCAGAAUCAGUUUUACAUACCUGUUCAGAUACCUGGGUAUCAGUAUGUGUCACCUGAAGGAAAUUGUAUAGAACAUGUUCAGCCUACUUCUGCCUUUAUUCAGCAACCCUUCAUUGAUGAAGAUCCUGAUAAGGAAAAGAAAAUAAAGGAACUUGAGUUGCUUCUUAUGUCAGCUGAGAAUGAAGUUAGAAGAAAGCGAAUUCCAUCACAGCCUGGAGGUUUUUCUAGCUGGUCUGGUAGUUUCCUCAUGGAUGAUAACAUGUCUAAUACUCUAAAUAGCCUUGACGAGCACACUAGUGAGUUUUACAGUAUGGAUGAAAAUCAGCCUGUGUCUGCUCAGCAGAAUUCACCCACAAAGUUCCUGGCCGUGGAGGCAAACGCUGUGUUGUCCUCUUUGCAGACCAUCCCAGAAUUUGCAGAGACUCUAGAACUUAUUGAAUCUGAUCCUGUAGCAUGGAGUGAUGUUACCAGUUUUGAUAUUUCUGAUGCUGCUGCUUCUCCUAUCAAAUCCACCCCAGUUAAAUUAAUGAGAAUUCAGCACAAUGAAGGAGCCAUGGAAUGCCAAUUUAACGUCAGUCUUGUACUUGAAGGGAAAAAAAACACUUGUAAUGGUGGCAACAGUGAAGCUGUUCCUUUAACAUCCCCAAAUGUAGCCAAGUUUAGCACUCCACCAGCCAUCCUCAGAAAGAAGAGAAAAAUGCGAGUGGGUCUUUCCCCAGGCAGCGAACUUAGGGAUGGCUCAUUGAACGAUGGUGGUAAUACAGCGCUAAAACAUACACCACUGAAAACACUACCAUUUUCUCCUUCACAGUUUUUCAACACAUGUCCUGGAAAUGAACAACUUAAUAUAGAAAAUCCUUCAUUUACAUCAACCCCUAUUUGUGGGCAGAAAGUUCUCAUUACAACUCCUCUUCAUAAGGAAACAACUCCCAAAGAUCAAAAGGAAAAUGUAGGUUUCAGAACACCUACUAUUAGAAGAUCUAUAUUGGGUACCACACCAAGAACUCCUACUCCUUUUAAGAAUGCGCUUGCUGCUCAGGAGAAAAAAUAUGGACCUCUUAAAACUGUGUCCCAGCCACUUGCCUUCUUGGAAGAAGAUAUUCGGGAAGUUUUAAGAGAAGAAACUGGAACAGACCUAUUCCUCAAAGAGGAAGAUGAACCUGCCUACAAAAGCUGCAAACAAGAGAAUACCGCUUCUGGGAAGAAAGUCAGAAAAUCACUAGUCUUAGAUAAUUGGGAAAAAGAAGAAUCAGGCACUCAACUGUUGACUGAAGACAUUUCAGACAUGCAGUCAGAAAAUAUAUUUACUACAUCCUUAUUAAUGAUACCGUUAUUGGAAAUACAUGACAAUAGGUGCAACUUGAUUCCUGAAAAACAAGAUAUAAAUUCAACCAACAAAACAUAUACACUUACUAAAAAGAAACCAAACCCUAACACUUCCAAAGUUGUCAAAUUGGAAAAGAAUCUUCAGUCAAAUUGUGAAUGGGAAACAGUGGUUUAUGGGAAGACAGAAGACCAACUUAUUAUGACUGAACAAGCAAGAAGAUAUCUGAGUACUUACACAGCUACCAGUAGUACUUCAAGAGCUCUUAUACUGUAAUUAUUAUUAAAAUUGAUGAAAUGCCCCACUCCCUUACUGCAAUCUCUACUAAAUUAGGUUGCAGUGAAAUUUUUCUCAAUUAGUUGUUUUUAAAGUUGUAAGAUAGCCCUUUUAAUACAGCAUCUUUUUUCUAUUCUAUAUAGUAGGCAGAAAGCUAGUAAGUCACUUAAGGGGUAGACAAUUUCAUAGUUUAUUUUUUAAGAGAUGAGAUUUUUAAAACUUGUUUUUAAAGAACAAGAUGGGAAAAUAAUAGAAUGUUCAUGGAUUUCUAAAAGUAAAUUCUCAUAUUUUCUUCACAAGAUAUAUGUUGCUACUCUCUUGAUGCUGCAGUUUUGUUAUAGAUAGGUGUAUGAGUAGAUAUGAUUUCUGAAAUUAGUCUAUGUAUGGAAAGCACACGAUUUUAUGAAGUACUUUUGCCCACGUGCUGAUUUACUUAGGCUACCAUUUACAAAGAAACACAUUGAAAAGGAAUUUAAAAGAAGGCUAGAAAGUUGCACUACUAAUUUUUUUUUUCAGAAGCAGUAAAAUUAACUACAGUGUUAAAUGUAUUUAUUUGAGCAUAGUACUGAAAAUAAAAAGCAUGCAAAAAUGAGUUUUUUCUUUAUUAGUAAAUAGUAUUUUCUUAAUCUCAGAAGAGCUGAGAAUUUUGUUGAAUGUAUUGUACAGUAUGUAGGAGCAGGAGGACUUUGUAAAUUGGAAAGAAGUCUGUUUUUUAUAAUUUAUUUUUAUUUUUA